AUGGAGAAGUGUCUGCGGUCCAACAACAUUCCCAAAGAAAAGAAGCUAUCACAAGCUGUCCAAGCCUUCACGGGGAAUGCUUACAAAUGGUGGCUAAAGGAGAGCAGUCCAAGCAUCUACAACCAGCCCGUGGUAGAUUGGAGAGACCUUAAAGUCAGGAUGUAUAAAGAGUUUGCAGAGAAGUAUCAAGACAAAGUAGAUGCCACAUCAAAGUUCCAUUGUCAAGCAACGAGGAAAGUGAUGUUUACACCAAAACCGCAUACUGUUCCUAAACCAAAGAAGGCUCACGACCAUGAACCCAAGGAGAUAUCAUCUAGUGUACUUACACACCAAGCAGGGUUUAAGAGGUCGGCUCAAUUAAACAAGGUCCAGCCACAGCCAAUCACUACACCCUUGCCUGAACUGCAAAAGUUACAAGAGAUGUGUCAAAGGCUCAAGGAGACUCUAGAACCCAAGGAGGAGAACACAUCAAACCAAGGUAAGUCUUCUGACCUUAUGAAACCCAAGAACCCAACUUGCUAUAGAUGCCAUAAACGUGGGCACUUUGCUGCUGUUUGUCCAUUUAAGAAAACCUUGAAAGAAACAUCACUAGGAGAGCAAACUGAAAUAUCAAAAAUAAGUGAUAGUUUAAUUCAAUCUAAUUUGUUGGUUUCCAAUGCUUGUAUAAUGCUCUUGUCUAUGUCAAAAGGUUUUUAUACAGGUACUAAGGGGCAUGAUGAGUCCAUUAAAGAAGAACCAACCAAAGGAAGUGAUAUUCUUGUUCCUUUAGAGCUUUCAAAUUCUGUAAUUAUGCACCUCUUGCCAAAAGAUUUUGAUCCAGGAAUGAGACAAGUUGAUGGACGACCAGACAAUGAUGAGAAGUUUAAGGAGAACCAGGGACAGCACCUGACUUGUCCACAAAACGUUGAAGAAGUACAAGAAACAGGAAGAGUACACAAGCUGUCAAAGAGCAAAUCAUACUUCAACUUGCUGAAACAAUUUGGGUAAAUCUAAACUUUACUUUUCCGAUUUAUAAAUUUUCAAACCCAGGUAUAAUUCACUUGUUUCCUGCCAAAAGUGUUGAAUUUGUUUCAGGAACAGAGACUAAAGAUCAUAUGUAUGAUCCACCCAAGGAGAGCACAAGGUGUUUAUAUGCCAAGAGAAAACAAGAAAUUGUCCACAGCCACACCUUGAUUCCAUACGACCCAGGAGAUCAAGCACCACCCAUCAGAGUGCCAGACCAAAACAGAGGAGUAGUGUUGUCGUUCCUACCCAAAGGAGAACCACCAGAUGUGCCAUCAAAGAUCAAACCGAUCAAAUACAAAGAUUAUCCAGUUUCGAGGUCAAAACUUUUUCAAGGGAGAGGGUAUGAUGCGGCCAUCAAAUCAGUACCUGAACCAAGAGCCAACCAGUUGCACCAAUCAGCUAAACAAGAGACUAACCAGGAUAUGUGUUCAGUAAAAACGGAGUAUCUUACCAACCAUGAAGAGUUUUGCCAUGAAACCAAUUUUCAUGCAUUAAACACUCAACAAGGAGUUAAGAAAAAUUGGAAGUAUCUUCAAAUCUACUCGGACCAGGAAGAUAUGAAUUUUACAAACAAGAUGUUCUCCAGCCCGUCUAUCUGCGAGAAUCCGAGUUUAGAAGUUAUUUCAAGUCCAACCAAGAAGCGUUAACCAAAGCAUGGACUUAAAGGUGGAUCUAUUAGCUUUCCAACAAGCCAAGAAUGAGGAGAACAUUCCACCUAAAUAUGGAGUUAUGGCCCAAUUCCCUAAACCAGUCAAACCAGUUCUGCAAUUGCCUAAUUUGGAGUCUCACCGGUUCAAUCUUAGUCAAACCAAAAAAUGGCGACCAGGAGAGGUUUAUAAGCAUCUGAGAAGUAUAUCCAGUGAUUCAGGAGUAGUUGAAGAGUUCUUACCAUGCACCAGAGUCCACAUGAUCAGGAGGUCUUAUUGUUUGGGAACUUUCCUAAAUUGGAUGCAUCCCCACUUUGGAGAAUAAGUGACCAACGACCAAGCCAUCAAAGCUGCAGCGUUUUGGAAGCAUUCCUUACUUGUCUAAGAGUCUUAAGAUGCACCAGCACUCACCAGAACACACGGAUUCAAGCAAGACCAGACUUGCCAUCUUUGGAGCUAUUUUUGGAAUUAUUGCCCAUCAAUUCCCAACAGCUCUUUUCAAGCCAAGACUACAAAGAUUUCGGCCAGGUCUUCAGCAUUCAAGAUGUUCCCAAGAAGAUUACCUACACCAUCAAACCGUCCAGAUACAAAACCAGAAUCAAAUCCCUUGCAGAAAGCUUUUGGAUCCAAGAUAUCUUCCAACGGCUAGUUUUAUCGGUUUUUCUUAUUUGUUUGCUUCUUUCUUUGUUUUAGUUUUCUAGCUAAGUUAAGGCAAGAACCUAUAUAAGCUCUGUCUAGUCUUCAUUGUAAGUCACCUUUCAAUCCUUAAGAAAUAAUAUUCAGUUUGUUUAUUUUUAUCAAAGAGAGUCUUUGAAUAGAAAUCUGUCUUUAGGAUACUUGAGUGAUUCUUGUGUUCUAUUGAUUCGUCUGGCAUAGGUUGUUUGUGUGAUUCAACAGCCAGUGUUAUUCCAGAUUGAGAGAGUCAAUCAAACCCACGGAUUGAGAGAGUCAAUCAUCAUCUGUCCAACAUCAUCUAUCCAUCUUCCAUCUUCAAUCUUCUAUCCAUAAACCAUUCCAUCCCUUUAUCUAUUUAGUUCCUGUUCUUGUUUUAAUUAUUCAUAAACUCAUUGUAAUUCAUUGUUACCAGGUUAGAUUGGGUUAAAAGGAACAGCAAGUCGGCCAUCUUCACCAUCUUUCCAUCCGGUCUACAUCCUUACCGAUACGAUCCCCCCCAUCGCCCAUCCAUCUCAUCGACCCAGCUUCCCAGCCUGCAACACUUUCGAACCGUUGGUGCUACAAUCUGAGCACUCUCCUAGACAGGUGAAAGAUAAAAUCCUGAACUAUAUGUUUUUUUUUUAAUUUGUGAGCAGAUUGUAUUUUUUUUAUAACUCGUGUUGGAUUUGGACCGGAGAGAAACAAACAAAGAAGAUGGUGAUUGAAAAUACAUGUAUCUCCACUAUUUUGAUUACCGAAAAUAUAAAGUGAUUCUUUUAUCUACAAAAUAAAAAUUAUAAAUUUUCAAAAUUUAACAAUUUUGAGAAUGGAUUUCCGCUUUCUCAUUAUUUACUUGACAUUUAUUUUUAGGACUAUUUUUUUUGCCAUCUAUUUUUAUUAAAAGGCCAAAGUCCAUAACCGAAAAAGAUACAAAGUCCGAAGGUCCAACCGAACACCAACCCCAACAAACGGCCUAAAUUAAGCCCACCAAUCUUAAACCGGCCCAAAAAACCCGACUAAACACAUGUUGGUUUAUGUAUAAAAGAGAAAGACACGUGUAAUCCCUCAACAGCGAGGGUUCUACGCGUCACAUAACCUUCUACCUUCACCGACCCGAACUGAUCGCCUGAAACUGACCGGCGCCAAAGUCGGAAUCAAGCGCUGCUUUCCAUACCUCCACAUCAGAGAUUCUUCCCACGGAGAGCGUCCAUCGGCCAAGCCGAGAUCUACUCCGGAUCACCACAUCACCCACACGGGAUUUAAUCCGGACAUUUAUUUUAAUAACUUACAAUCAAUCACUAUAUAUAAAAUAAAAUUUAACAAAUGUUAGAAUAUAGAAAAUAUGAUUGAUCAUAAAAGAGGAGAUAAGAUGCUUUGUCAAUCACAUAUCUGGACAAGAUUGUAGUUGUCAGCCCAAAAUGAUUUGAAACUACCUGAUAAUUUUAUGGUUAACUAUAGUAACUGAGUUACACAAUUUUAACGUAGGGAGUCCAAUUAUUUAAUUCAAUUAAAAUGGGUUAUGAUAAUCUAAUCCACAUAUAAUUAAAAUGAUUUAUUGUAUAGUAAGAAAACUCAAAUAAUAGUUUUCUAUAAGUUGACAAAAAAUAGUUGCUAUAGAUACAAGAAAGUACAGAGUAUCAAAAGUUAUAAUAUUUACAGUAAUAGAUAUUUAUAAAAAUAAAUCAAAUUAGGUUUCAAAACUGAAAAAUCCUACUCUUUCAAAGCAAAAUCUAAUUAU